AUGGAAACAUAUUAUCCAGCAUUCGUGGCACACCUUGAAACUACUGGAGACCAAGUGGAUGUUGCUGUUCGUCAAGAUAGUUUGAAUCUCCUCCAUACCAUAACAUUUGGGUCGCUGCGUGCCCUUCCAUACGCACCACCUACACUACCAUAUGCACCACCUACCCUACCAUAUGCACCACCUACCCUACCAUAUGCGCCACCUGCACUACCAUAUGCACCACCUACCCUACCAUAUGCACCACCUACACUACCAUAUGCACCACCUACCCUACCAUAUGCGCCACCUGCACUACCAUAUGCACCACCUACCCUACCAUAUGCACCACCUACACUACCAUAUGCACCACCUACCCUACCAUAUGCACCACCUACCCUACCAUAUGCGCCACCUGCACUACCAUAUGCACCACCUACCCUACCAUAUGCACCACCUACCCUACCAUAUGCGCCACCUGCACUACCAUAUGCACCACCUACCCUACCAUAUGCGCCACCUGCACUGCCAUACGCACCACCUACCCUACCAUAUGCGUCACCUGCACUACCAUAUGCACCACCUACCCUACCAUAUGCGCCACCUGCACUACCAUAUAUGCCACCUACCCUACCAUAUGCACCACCUACCCUACCAUAUGCGACACCUGCACUACCAUAUGCACCACCUACCCUACCAUAUGCGCCACCUAUACUACCAUAUGCAUCACCUACCCUACCAUAUGCACCACCUACCCUACCAUAUGCACCACCUACACUACCAUAUGCACCACCUACCCUACCAUAUGCGCCGCCUGCACUACCAUACGCACCACCUACCCUACCAUAUGCACCACCUACCCUACCAUAUGCACCACCUGCACUACCAUACGCACCACCUACCCUACCAUAUGCACCACCUACCCUACCAUAUGCACCACCUACCCUACCAUAUGCGCCACCUGCACUACCAUACGCACCACCUACCCUACCAUAUGCACCACCUACCCUACCAUAUGCACCACCUACACUACCAUACGCACCACCUACCCUACCAUAUGCGCCACCUGCACUACCAUACGCACCACCUACCCUACCAUAUGCACCACCUACCCUACCAUAUGCACCACCUGCACUACCAUAUGCGCCAUCUGCACUACCAUAUGCACCACCUACCCUACCAUAUGUGCCACCUGCUCUACCAUACGCACCACCUACCCUACCAUAUGCGCCACCUGCACUACCAUACGCACCACCUACCCUACCAUAUGCACCACCUACCCUACCAUAUGCACCACCUGCACUACCAUAUGCGCCAUCUGCACUACCAUAUGCACCACCUACCCUACCAUAUGUGCCACCUGCUCUACCAUAUGCACCACCUACCCUACCAUAUGCACCAUCUACCCUACCAUAUGCACCACCUACCCUACCAUAUGCGCCACCUACACUACCAAGUGUACAUACGCCCAACAGUAAUGCAACGUGCAAUGUGCCCAUCUUCCCUACCAUGAGCACCUAUACCCUACAGUAA